UGCCUCAGUAUCGCCUGCAGUUUGUGUGUAAGGAAGACUGCCUGUGGGGUGACAGUCUGCCUGUAGUGAUAUAACCGUGUCUGGCUGUGUGGGGGGAGGUAUGUGGCUGCCUGUGUCAAAAUGGGUCCGGUUUUCUUGGGCUGGAUUACAGUCUAUGCCUGCGGGAACUGUCAUAGUGCCUGUGUGUGUACCCUGUGCCUGUCUGCCUCUCUACUUCCAAGAAGACCUUAGGCAAGUUCUGGGACCCCUUAGCCUCAGUCUCCCAGUCUUCACUCUUGUCCCACCUCUCCUGGCUCAGAUGUUCAAUGGGUGUGUUUGUGUGCACCUACUAUGGGGAAGAGGCAGGGCAGGGGACUCUUUGGUUAAGUCUGGCAGUUUCUGGAAAAGUUGGGGAGUCUUGUGUCCUCAAAAUGGGCGGGGUGAAUCUCAACCUCUUAGAGCCCUCCCUCACUUGGACAUGACGCCAGCCUCCAAUCCUUGCUCCUAGGCCUCCAUGGCUGAGGGCACAAUUAAGCUAAUGCUCUCCACAUACAGAGGCUGCCUCCUGACUCAGUGGCGGGGGCAGGAGGUGGGGGUUCUGAAGCGUGGAGGGUUGGCCUGCUCCCAAACUGAACCCCAGGCCCUGCUCCUCAGGCCCUAGAGUGCUGCGCACAGCUGAGGGAGGAGAAUUAAUUACUGAGAAUACGCUCUGAAUAGGUUCCAAUAAAAGCUGUUUCUGGACCUCAUAUAAAUAUUUUCAUUCUGGGAGGGACUGGUGAGGUAGUCAGAGAGUCAUAGUCAAGGGCCCAAGGCUUAUCCCCCAACCCAUCCCCUCCACCAAAGCUGGGCCAGGCAGGUAAGGCUCCCCUAAGUCUCAUCUGUGUUUCUCUCUUCAGGUCUUCAAGCAGCUCAGCGAGGUAAGCUCUGGGGACAUGGGGCCUGGGCCUUACUUGGGUCUGGGUUGGACCCUGGGUGAGGACAGGAUAGGGGCCUGCUGUCAGCCUGACCUACCCUUCUCUACAGCCUGUGGGCAGCGUGGCCCUGGCCCCCCUGAACCUCAAGAGGGCAACACAGGGCCCGGCGAGUGGCCGUGGCAGGCCAGUGUGAGAAGGCAGGGGGUCCACAUCUGCAGUGGCUCCCUGGUGGCGGACACCUGGGUCCUCACCGCUGCCCACUGCUUUGAAAAAGCGGCAGUGACUGAACUACACUCCUGGUCAGUUGUUCUGGGCUCUCUACAGCGUGAGGGGCUGAGCCCAGGGGCUGAGGAGGUGGGGGUGACUGCUCUGCAGCUUCCCAGGGCCUACAACCACUACAGCCAGGGCUCAGACCUGGCCCUGCUACGGCUCGCCCACCCCAUGGCCCACACACCCCUCUGCUUGCCCCAACCUGCCCAUCGCUUCUCUUUUGGGACCUCUUGCUGGGCUACUGGCUGGGAUCAGGACACCAAUGAUGCUCCCAGGACCCUACGGAAUCUGCGCCUGCGUCUCAUCAGCCGCCCCACGUGUAACUGUCUCUACAACAGGCUGCACCAGCGGCUGCUGGCCAGCCCGGCCAGGCCUGGGAUGCUGUGUGGGGGUGCCCAGCCUGGAGUGCAGGGGCCCUGUCAGGGAGAUUCCGGGGGUCCUGUGCUGUGUCACGAGCCCGAUGGACACUGGGUUCAGGCUGGCAUCAUCAGCUUCACAUCAAGUUGUGCCCAGGAAGACACUCCUGUGCUGCUGACCGACAUGGCUGCUCACAGCUCCUGGCUGCAGGCUCGAGCUUGGGGGGCAACCUUUCUGGCCCAGAACCCAGAGACCCUGCAGAUCAGUGAUGAGGACAGCUGUGUAGCCUGUGGAUCCUUGAGGAGAGAUGGUCCCCAGGCAGAAGGCCCCUCCCCAUGGCCCUGGGAUGCCAGGCUGAAGCACCGGGGCAAGCUGGCCUGUGGCGGAGCCCUGGUGUCAGAGGAGGUAGUGCUGACUGCUGCCCACUGCUUCAUUGGGCGUCAGAGCCCAGAGGAAUGGAGCGUAAAGCUGGGGGCAGGACCAGAGGAGCACAGCCUAAAGCAACUCAUCUUGCAUGGAGCUUACACCCACCCAGAGGGGGGCUACGAUGUGGCCCUCCUGCUGCUGGCCCAGCCUGUGACAUUAGGCCCUAGCCUGCGGCCCCUCUGCCUGCCCUACACUGACCACCAUCUACCUGAUGGGGAACAUGGCUGGGUCUUGGGACUGGCCUACCAAGGAGCAGGCACCAGCUCCUCUCAGACAGUGCCCGUCACCCUCCUGGGGCCCAGGGCCUGUAGCCGGCUGCAUACUGCCCUUAGGAGCAAUGGCAUCCCCAUUCUGCCAGGGAUGGUGUGUACCAGUGUUGUGGGUGAGCCAGCCCACUGUGAGGGCCUGUCUGGGGCACCAUUGGUGCAUGAGGUGAGGGGAACAUGGUUCCUGGCUGGGCUACACAGCUUCGGAGAUGCCUGCCAAGGCCCCGCAAAGCCUGCAGUCUUCACGGCGCUCCCCACCUAUGAGAACUGGGUCAGCAGUUUGGACUGGCAAGUCUACUUCUCGGAGGAGCCUGAGCCUGAGCCUGAGCCUGAGGCUGAGACUGGAAACUGCCUGGCCAAUAUGAGCCAACCAGCCGGCUGUUGACAGGUGGCUCUGGGAAGCUGCAAACACAUCACUGCCUCUGCUCCUCUCCAUUCUCCCCACCCACACACGACUCCAGGCACUGGGGCAGGCCCCAAAGCCCAGUGGGCUCUGGGAAGGAGCCUGCCCAGAUGAGCAGCUGCCCCGUCUCCCCACCCUGCAGGACAGGGACGUGUCAGCUGUAGAUGCUCCCCACUCUCGGCUCUGCUCCCCGACGCAGGCAUCCCAGCUUUCCCUGUUCUUCAUCCCCUCAGAUAUAAUCACGCCAGCCACAU